AUGUCGCAUCGCCCGACAAACGUCUGCAGCCCGCUCUUCUGCACGGAUCGUGCUUCUCAGCAGGGUGCCGCGGAGCCGACUACACCCGCCCCCCUCUCCCGCACACGUCCGGCGAUAGACACGGCGAUCGCUGCGCCGCACUCCACGACGCCUGCUUCCUUGACUGCGGGCACCGCUGCGGCCUUCGAUGGCUACGUGGAGGCACACAGUGUGGCAGGACUGCGGACGAGCCGGUGCGUAAACCCCGACCGUACUGCUGAGCGCGGCGCCUGCCACCGUGCACAGCAAAAGGAAGAUGCCGAAAGGCAGGAGUACACACCGAUGUGGAACGAUCUCACGCCGCUUUCCGACACAGCGGAGACGACCGUCGCACAGCCCCCUGCUUUUCCUCGUCGUGCUACAUCGGGGAGGCGGCGGCGCCAGUCGACGUUGCACGUCACCACCGCCACCAAUGCGGCUGCGACACACUCGCCACCCAGCGUGCGUGACGUGACGUCCACGGUGAAUGUACACUCGGCGACCACACUGGCGUUGUGCCCAUCCAUAUGGCCCUGCUUCUCACCGGCCCAAUCAGAGGCAGGGCGCAACACCGCGCCGCUUCCCUUUCCUCCUGCUGCUGUAGGGAUGACGGAAGAGAAGGAUCACGACGGCGAAGACCAGUACGCGAAGGCUCUCAUCAGCCCUGCACCGGCAAAUGGACUUGUCGUGUCAGGGCCGGACGAGGACGACGGUGACGACGACACGUCUCGCUUCAGCGAUGACCUUCGGGGUGGUGCACGCGAGGCUGCUGUGCCGGCACGCGCUGCGGUCACGGAGACCCUUUCCCCGUGUCUGUCGCGGGACGGGUGGGCGCGGACGUCUCUCCUGCGGUCCCCACUCGCGGCCUCCCUGCAACCACUCGCACCAGCCACCACGAGGACGACCAUGGCAGCGAAGGAUCAGACGGCCUCGGCUGCCGCGCUGGACCACUACGCGGAUGGCACGCCGUCCUCCCUGCUCGACCGCCCCCUUUCCUGUUACUACGGCCUGUCGCCGCGGUCGCCGUCCAUCAGCGUCGCGUACGAUGCGGCCGGGCCGGCGGUGGGAGGGAGCUGGGAGGCGAAGCGCGUCCAUCGCAUCUCCGCCAUGCGACGCAGCCACAGCUACUCCCUCACGAGCCCGUGCGGCUCUAUUGGGUCUUUCUUGGUCACGCUGGGCUCACCCACCUCGGAGGCGCGCUCGAACAGCGGCUGUGGGCGGGACAGCGCCCGGGAGAGCGGCAAGCGUAAGAGCACGACAACGGUUUCUCCCGAUGCACCGGCAUUUUACUGGUCGCCCCACUUGCAUGCUUCGUGGUCUGGCGUCUUCGCAGACCGCUGA